AACAAAAACCCUAAAAACCCUAUAUUCAACUCAACCUCCCUCCGUCCCCCACCGUUCCAAAGAAAAAAGAAAACCUCCCUGCCCCUGUAGUGUAUAUAUAUCUAUUCUAUAUCUAUAGAUCAUCUUCUUCUUCAUCAAUGGAGAUCGACACCCAACAAGAACCAUUAAACAAAACCUUCCCCGUCAAACCAAAGCUAAAACCCACUUCAAAAACCUCAAAAUCUCAAACUCCUGAAUCCAAAUAUUGGAAAUCGUUCAAACCCAAUUCAACCAAACAAACCCUAAUUUCAUCAAUCACUAAUCUUUCAUUUUCACCAAUUUCUCCACACGAUUUUGUAGCUACACAUUCAGCAUCCGUCACUAUUUUCAGCUCACAAACCCUCGAACCGAAAUCCGUUAUUACCUCUUUUAAAGACACUGCCACGUCAGCUUGUUAUCGGUCCGAUGGGCUGUUACUUGCUGCAGGUUGUUAUAAUGGUCAGGUGCAGGUUUUCGAUGUGAAAAAGCGGUCGUCUUUGAGACGAUUAUCAGGGCAUUCGAGACCGGUGCAUUUUGUAAGUUACCCUUUUGCUGAUAAGUUACAUUUGUAUUCGGGUGGGGAUGAUUCGGUUGUUAAGUAUUGGGAUGUGAUGAAUGAGAGUUUAGUUUGUAAUUUGUUGGGUCAUAAAGAUUAUGUUAGGUGUGGGGCGGGUAGUCCGACUAGUGAUGAUAUGUUUGUUACGGGUAGUUAUGAUCAUACGGUUAAGGUUUGGGACGUUAGAGUGUCAAAUGUUGGGUCUAUGAUGAGUGUUGAUCAUGGGGCCCCUGUUGAGGAUGUGAUUUAUUUGCCUUCGGGUGGGUUAAUUGCGACUGCAGGUGGGAAUAGUGUUAAGAUUUGGGAUGUGAUUGGUGGGGGGAAAUUGUUGUACUCGAUGGAGAGUCAUAAUAAGACGGUGACGAAAUUAUGUGUUGGGAAGAUUGGGGAUGGGAAUGGGGAUUUUGGGAACCGGAUUUUGAGUGUUUCGUUAGAUGGGUAUUUGAAGACUUUUGAUUACUCGACGUUUAAGAUUACUAGUUCUAUUAGGUAUCCGAGUUCUCUUAUGUCGGUGGCUUUUUCACCUGAUUGUUCUACUAGGGUUGUUGGUGCGUCGAGUGGGGUUUUGUAUGCAGGGAAAAGAAAGAGUAAGGAUGAAAGUUUGGGGAUUGUUAAGUCGGAAUGGGGGAAUUAUUUAGGUUUUGGAGCUGUUGAUGAGCCUGAAAAGAGGGUUUUAAGGCCUUCGUAUUUUCGUUACUUUCAUCGUGGGCAAAGUGAGAAGCCUUCAAAAGGGGAUUAUUUGAUAAUGAGACCAAAAAAGGUCAAACUUGCUGAACAUGAUAAGCUAUUGAGAAAGUUCCAUCACAAAGAGGCUUUGGUGUCUGCUUUAAAGGCGAAAAACCCUGAAAAUGUUGUUGCAGUGAUGGAAGAGUUGGUGUCACGAAAGAAACUUUUGAAAUGUGUUUCAAAUUUGGAUGUGGAUGAACUCGGGUUGCUAUUGACUUUCUUGCAGAGGUACUCGACUAUGCCACGGUAUGCUGGUAUACUGAUUUUGUUGGCUAAGAAAGUUGUUGAAAACCGAAUAGAUGAUAUUAGUGGUUCAGAAGGGUUAAAAGUUCAUAUUCGAAAUCUGAAGAGGUUGGUUAUGGAGGAGAUGAGAAUCCAACAAUCUUUGCAAGAGAUACAAGGUAUAAUUUCUCCUUUACUGAAGAUUGCAGGUAGAAGAUGAAUAAUAACAAUAUCAUAUAAACGAUUGUCUUUUGCCUCUAGAAUCUUUUGGGUCACUAAAAGUUCUCUAAUUUUGUUUGUCAGAAGUUAACAUUGUUCUUUCUUUUUUACAUUUCUAAUAUUGUUGUAUGCUUACUUUUCUUAAGGAAUGAUGCUAUUAAAUUACUUUUUGAUUAUGUAAGAGAUUUUUGUUUACUCGAGUUAAAAUGACUUGUUUGAUCCAA